UUCAAAUCAGUUGCACGCGAAGAGCCAUCUAGUGCGGUUGGGAUGGUCUCAUAAAAAGAAUAGAAAAAAAAAGAAAACGAUUAAAAAUAAUAUAAAAAAUUAAGUGAAAAUAAUAAGAAAAAAAUAAAAAAGGACUCUUAAGGACUUAAAAAAAACAACUUUUAGAGUUGUGAAGUGAUUUUUUUUGGAGAGUUGUAGAGAGACACGUUUUUCUCACAAUGGGGUCUAACCGCUUAACCCCAUUGCUUUUGAUAUUAGCGGGCGUGGUUUUUAUGAUUUGCAACACAAAUGCUGAACUAACACCGCCUUAUUUCAAUUUGGCUACCGGACGUAAAAUUUAUGCCACCGCCACUUGUGGCAGUGACACCGAUGGACCCGAAUUGUAUUGUAAAUUAGUGGGUGCAAAUACCGAAAAUGAUCACAUUGAUUACUCUGUUAUUCAGGGUCAGGUCUGCGAUUAUUGUGAUCCUACCGUACCCGAAAAGAAUCAUUCACCCGAACAUGCUAUUGAUGGCACUGAACAAUGGUGGCAAAGUCCUCCAUUGUCUCGUGGUAUGAAAUUUAAUGAAGUCAAUUUAACCAUCGAUUUUGGCCAGGAAUUUCAUGUUGCCUAUCUUUUCAUACGUAUGGGUAACUCACCACGUCCCGGUCUCUGGACUCUAGAGAAAUCUAGUGAUUAUGGUAAAACCUGGUCAGCUUGGCAACAUUUCUCCGAUACCCCAGCCGAUUGUGAAACCUAUUUCGGCAAAGACACCUACAAACCCAUUACCAAAGAUGAUGAUGUCAUUUGUACUACAGAAUACUCGAAAAUUGUUCCCCUGGAAAAUGGUGAAAUUCCUGUAAUGUUGCUAAACGAUCGUCCUUCAUCCACAAAUUAUUUCAAUUCGACUGUACUACAAGAAUGGACUCGUGCCACUAAUGUGCGUAUACGUCUAUUGCGUACGAAAAAUUUAUUAGGUCAUUUGAUGUCGGUGGCUAGACAGGAUCCUACGGUGACACGUCGUUAUUUCUAUUCGAUUAAGGAUAUUUCCAUUGGUGGUCGUUGUAUGUGUAACGGUCAUGCUGAUACCUGUGAUGUUAAGGAUCCCAAGAGUCCAGUGCGUAUAUUGGCGUGUCGUUGUCAACAUCGCACCUGUGGUAUUCAGUGUAAUGAAUGUUGUCCCGGUUUCGAGCAAAAGAAAUGGAGACAGAAUACCAAUGCCCGACCCUUCGAAUGUGAACCUUGCAAUUGUCAUGGUCAUACCAAUGAGUGUGUUUAUGAUGAGGAAAUCGAUCGUAAGGGUUUGUCUUUGGACAUUCAUGGCCGUUAUGAGGGCGGUGGUCGCUGUUUGAAUUGUCAACAUAAUACAGAGGGUAUUAAUUGUAACAAGUGUAAGGCUAAAUACUAUAGACCCUAUGAGAAGCAUUGGAAUGAAACGGAUGUGUGUCAACCUUGUCAGUGUGAUUACUUCUAUUCGACGGGUCACUGUGAAGAGGGUAGUGGUCGCUGUGAAUGUCGCAAGGCAUUCCAACCACCAAAUUGUGAUUCCUGUGCCUACGGUUACUAUGGUUAUCCCAAUUGUCGUGAAUGUGAGUGCAAUCUUAAUGGUACCGAUGGUUAUCACUGCGAAGCUAUUAAUGGUGAAUGUCCCUGUAAGAUUAACUUUGCCGGUCACUAUUGUAAACAGUGUGCUGAAGGUUACUAUGCCUUCCCCGAGUGUAAAGCCUGCGAGUGUAAUCAAAUUGGUUCGAUUAGCAAUGAUUGUGAUUUGAUAACGGGUCAAUGUAAAUGUUUGAGCAGUUUUGGUGGUGAGCGUUGUGAACGCUGUAAACAUGGUUACUACAACUAUCCCAAGUGUCAAUAUUGUGAUUGUGAUAUACAAGGUACUGAGGAUGAGAUUUGUGACAAGGGUAGUGGUCAAUGUAUUUGCCGUGAAGGUUUUGGUGGAUCUCGUUGUGAUCAAUGUUUGCCAGGUUAUUAUGAUUAUCCCAAUUGUAAGCCUUGUAACUGCUCCGCUACUGGCAGUACUGCCACUACUUGUGAUAAUACGGGCAAAUGUAAUUGUCUCUCUAACUUUGCGGGUAAACAGUGUAACUCUUGCAGUGCUGGUUACUAUAACUAUCCCGAUUGUUUACCUUGUAAUUGUGAUGUCCAUGGCUCGGUGGGUGUUUCCUGUAAUGCUGAUGGUCAAUGUUUGUGUCAUCCCAACUUUAAUGGCAAAUUAUGUGACUCGUGUCAAGAGGGCUUCUACAACUUCCCCAGUUGUGAGGAUUGUAAUUGUGAUCCUGCUGGUGUUAUUGAUAAAUUUGCCGGUUGUGGUUCUGUGCCUGUGGGAGAGUUGUGUCAGUGUAAGGAACGUGUCACUGGGCGCAUUUGUAAUGAAUGUAUGCCUUUGUAUUGGAAUCUUAAUAUCAGUAAUCCCGAUGGUUGUGAGGUCUGUGAUUGUUAUUCGGAUGGUACCAUUGGUACUUUGGAUACUUGUAACUCGAAAUCGGGUCAGUGCGCCUGUAAGCCUUACACGCAGGGUCGCACCUGUAAUGACUGUAAAGAUGGUACUUAUGAUUUGGAUGGUUCCUCGCUGUUUGGUUGUAAGGAUUGUAAUUGUGAUGUUGGUGGUGCUUGGAAGAGUGAAUGUGAUAAAACCACCGGUCAAUGUAAAUGUCAUCCUCGUGUAACGGGACGUGAUUGUACUCAACCUUUGACCACUCAUUAUUUCCCAACAUUACAUCAGUUCCAAUAUGAAUAUGAAGAUGGUUCUCAACCUUCGGGUGCUCAGGUGCGUUAUCAAUAUGAUGAAGAUGUUUUCCCGGGUUAUAGCAGUAAAGGUUAUGCUGUUUUCAAUGAUAUACAAAACGAAGUGCGUUAUGAAUUGACGGUAUUCAAGUCGUCGGUAUAUCGUAUCGUUAUACGUUAUGUCAAUUUGAAUGAUUUCAAUGUUACAGCCAGUAUUUUGAUACAAUCGGAAAAUCCUUUGGAAGUUGAUCAAAACGUUAAAGUUUUAUUGCGUCCCACUACCGAACCCCAAUUCGUUACUGUGGCCGGUGAUAAGGGCAAGAAACCCUCAGCCGUUGUUUUAGAUCCUGGCAAAUAUGUCUUCACCACCAAAUCUACUAAGAAUGUUAUGUUGGAUUACUUUGUUCUUUUGCCGGCAGCCUACUAUGAAGCCUCCAUUUUGACACGUAAAAUUUCCAAUCCCUGUGAACUUGGCAACAUGGAAUUGUGCAGGCAUUACAAAUAUGCCUCUUUGGAUGAUUUCCAUCCUGCCGUUACACCCUUCAUUGUCAACGAGAAAGGCAAACCUACUAAUCCCAUGGAAUACUAUAAUGAUCCCGAUCAUUUGACAAUCAUCAAUCAUAUUGGUGAUAUUCCUUUGAUAACCAGUAAUCAACAGGAACUUAAUUAUAUUAUUGAUGUACCGCAUAGUGGAAAAUAUAUAUUCGUUAUCGAUUAUGUCAGUGAACGCAGUUAUGCUGAACCGGGCUUCAUUAAAUUGCGUAUAGGAGAUGAUGAGGAUAAUUAUGGUUCCACCACAGUUUAUCCAUGCCUUUAUUCCAUGGCCUGUCGUACGCCCAUUAUUGAUGAUCAGAUACGUGAAAAAGCUUUCUACAUUAAUAAGGACAAUGAUAAACCCGUCGUGGUAUUUGCCGACUUUGAGGAAGAUGAGAAGGUGGCUAUUAUCUCUGUCACUGCCAUACCAGUUGAACAAUGGUCCAUCGAUUACAUUAACCCCAGUCCAGUGUGUGUUAUCCAUAAUAAUCAAUGUGCUACUCCCAAAUUUAGAUCGGUUCCCGAUUCGAAGAAAAUUGAAUUUGAAAGUGAUCAUGAAGAUCGUAUUGCUAUACAUAAGCCUCCCUAUGCUGUUUUAGAUGAAAAGGUUAAACUUAUUUAUCUGGACAAUAAGGAGGAUUCUACCAUUGUCAUUGAAUCUAAGGUCUCAGAGCCCGGACGCUAUGUUAUAUUGGUUAAAUACUAUCAGCCUCAUCAUCCCACCUAUAAUGUCAUGUAUACUUUGACUGCUGGUAAAAAUCAAUAUGAUGGCAAGUUUGGCAUUAGUCAUUGUCCCUCCAGUUCUGGUUGUCGUGGUGUUAUUCGACCCAUUGGUGAUGAAUGGUUCGAAAUUGAUGAUGAAUUCAAGUUUACCAUCACCAAUAAUCGUCCUCAGGGUGUUUGGUUGGAUUAUUUGGUUAUUGUUCCCGUCGAUCAGUACAACGAUGAUUUGUUGGAGGAGGAAACUUUUGAUCAGACUAAAGAGUUUAUAAGAGAAUGUGGUCAGGAUCAUUUCUAUAUUACCCACAAUGCUACCGAUUUCUGUAAGAAGGCUGUAUUCUCCUUGACCGCCGACUACAAUAGCGGUGCUUUACCUUGUAAUUGUGAUUAUGCCGGUUCGACGAGUUUCGAGUGUCAUCCCUUCGGUGGCCAGUGUCAAUGUAAACCCAAUAUUAUUGAACGUCAAUGUGGUGCCUGUAAGACAGGUUACUAUGGUUUCCCCGAUUGUAAGCCUUGUGAAUGUCCCAGCACUGCCAUGUGUGAACCUCAUACCGGUGAAUGUGUGUGUCCACCUAAUGUUAUGGGUGAAUUGUGUGACAAAUGUAUGCCUAACACUUAUGGCUUCCAUCAGAUUAUAGGUUGUGAACCUUGUGACUGCAACUAUUUGGGUAUUGCUAAUGGUAAUAGUCAAUGUGAUGCCUUUAAUGGUAGCUGUGAAUGUCGUCCCAAUAUUGAGGGUCGUGCUUGUGAUGAAUGUUCCAAUGGCUUCUUUGAUUUCCCACAAUGUGAUCAAUGUUCUUGCAAUGUAGCUGGUACUGAGUUAGAGAUUUGCGACAAGGUUGAUGGCAAUUGUUUCUGCAAAAAGAAUGUAGUGGGACGUGAUUGUGAUCAGUGUAUGGAGAGCACCUAUAACCUGCAAGCCAGCAAUCCUGAAGGUUGUACCAAAUGUUUCUGUUUCGGCAAGACCUCACGUUGUGACAGUGCCUAUUUGAAGGUUUACAAUGUCAGUCUCUUGAAGAAAGUUUCCCUUAAUACCGCUGUCUUCACACCUAAAUCCAUUGAGUUCUCCAUUUGGGGUAUGAGCCAAGAAGAACUACUCGUCAACGAAACCAUGUUACAGGCUGACUUUACUUUCAGUGAUGUAAACGAUGACUCCAUAGUUUACUUUGGUGUUUUGGAUUAUUUGAUGAAUCAAAAUAGUCAUAUCUCUGCUUAUGGUGGAGAAUUGGCCUAUAAUUUGUUCUAUACUACUGGAUUUUCGGGUAAACCUUUGUUUGCUCCCGAUGUUAUAUUGUUCAGCAAUGAUCAUGUCUUGGUACACCAAAGUUAUGAACAACCUUCCAGCAAUCAAAUGUUUAAAAAUCGUGUACAAAUGGUGGAAACUAAUUUCCUUACUGCCGAUGGCAAGUCCGUAUCCAGAGCUGAUUUCAUGAUGACUUUGAGAAAUUUGAAUAUGAUUUAUAUACGUGCCAAUUACUAUGAACAAACUUUGAUUUCCCAAUUGUCUGAUGUUUAUCUGACUUUGGCCGAUGAAGACGAUGAUGGCAAUAUGGAUGGUUAUGAGUUCUUGGCCGUGGAAAGAUGUCAAUGUCCUCCUGGCUAUUCGGGACUUUCUUGUGAGGAUUGUGCUCCGGGUUAUUAUCGCGAUCCCAGCGGUCCCUAUGGCGGUUAUUGUAUUCCUUGCGACUGCAAUGGUCAUGCUGAGACUUGCGACUGUGCUACAGGAAUUUGCAAGAAUUGCCAGCACUCUACCACUGGUGAUCAUUGUGAAAUGUGCAUAGAGGGUUAUUAUGGUAACGCCACCUAUGGUUCUCCUCAUGAUUGUAUGAUUUGUGCCUGUCCCUUGCCUAUACCUAGCAAUAAUUUUGCCACUGGUUGCGAAAUUUCGGAAUCUGGCGAUAAGAUCUUCUGUGAAUGUCGUCCCGGUUAUACUGGUCCCAAGUGUGAGUUCUGUUCCAACGGUUACUAUGGUAAUCCUCAAAUUCCGGGUGAUUAUUGUAAGCCUUGCGAGUGUUCCGGCAACAUAAAUCCCGAAGAAGCUGGUUCCUGUGACACUAUAACGGGAGAAUGUUUGCGCUGCUUAAACAACACUUCUGGAGCAGCUUGUAAUCUCUGUGCUCCUGGUUUCUAUGGUGAUGCCAUCAAAUUGAAAAAUUGUCAAAGCUGUGAUUGUGAAGAUUUGGGUACCAUGGAGUGUGAUCCCUUCGAGGGUGUUUGCAAGUGUUUGGAAAAUGUUAUUGGUGAACGUUGCGACAUGUGUAAGCCGGAUCAUUAUGGUUUCGAUUCUGGUUUGGGUUGUCGUUCAUGCGAUUGUGGUGCUGCUUCCAAUAGCACUCAAUGCGAUGAACAUUCGGGCAAGUGUGCAUGCAAGCCAGGAGUUACUGGACGUCAGUGUGAUCGCUGCGCCACAGAUCAUUGGAAUUACACUAGAGAGGGUUGUAUACCGUGUAACUGUAAUCAAGGCUAUUCUCGCGGCUUCGGUUGCAAUCCUUAUACCGGACAAUGUGAAUGUUUGCCUGGAGUUAUUGGCGAUCGUUGUGAUAACUGUCCUCAUCGUUGGGUACUUAAAAAGGAUGAAGGUUGUUUCGAGUGCGAUAACUGUCAUCAUGCCCUAUUAGAUGUUACCGAUCGUUUGAGCUAUCAAAUCGAACCGGUAUUAGAUGAAUUCCAGUCCGUAGCUUUGGCUUUCUUUACCAGUCAAAAACUUAGCUAUUAUGAUAAGCUAGCCGAUGACAUAGCUCCCGAAGUUCAAAGUCUCGAUCCUAAGAGUGUCAAUUUGGAACCAGCUCUUUUGAUGGUUAGCUCCCUGGAAUCGGAUGCCAAGACCUAUAACAAACAGGUGAACUUUACCUUGGAAAAUGCUAAUGACAGCCGUGGCAUGGCCAGUAAACUUUUACAAAAUGUCACUGGAUUAAUUGAUCAAGUAGCCUUAACUGUUAGCGAUGCUGAUGAAGCUAUAAGAGCCGUUGAUGCCUUGUCCCGUAAUUUGGAAACAGCAGCCAGUACUAAAAUCGAUUCGGCCCUUUCAGAGGCACAACAACUUUUGCAGCAAAUCAACUCGACCACUAUUGACUUGGAACGUAAUAAUUUAGUUUUGAAAAAAGCCACCGAUUUACUCGAAGAAGUGAGCUCUGCCAUUUUGCCUAUUAAAGCUCAAAAUAAAACUUUAGAUGCUUUAAAAUAUGAUAUUGGCGAAUUCAGCGAUAAGCUAGAGGACUUAUAUACCUGGAGUUUACAGUCGUCGAAUAGAUCGAGCGAAGUAGAACGUUUGAAUGCUUUGAAUAAAAUGGCCUUUGAUAAUUCCCAAUUCGAUACGGUCGGUGAUCAACAAAAGGAAGCCGAAAAGAAUAUUCUGGAUGCUGCCAAUCUACAAACUAAUGGCGCUAUUACUCUGGUGGAAAUUGAAGAUAAAAUUGCUAAUUUAGCUGAUAUUUUAAAGACCUUGAAGGUUUUGAAUAAACAAAUCGAUGAUGAUUUGCCACAAAUGGCAGACGAACAGGUGGAAGCCAAUAACUUAACUGAAGAAGCUGAAUUUAAGGCCAUUGAACUCUUAAAGAAGGCACAAGAUUUGUCAGAACAAUAUUCCGAUAUGACCGCCAGUGCUGAGCCAGCCAUUAGGGCCGCCACAGCUUACAGUGGUAUAGUAGAUGCGGUAGUCUCAGCUCAGCAGCUAACCAAGGAAGCCAAAUAUGCUGCAGGCAAUGCUACCGAAAAGACAGAUGGUAUCGAAUCCCGUGCUGGUGUUUCCGACAAAGAAUCUGCCGAGUUAUUGCAAAAAGCCAGAGGAUCUCUGCACAAAGUGCAAAGCGAAUUGGAACCCCGAUUAAAUAGUUCUGCUGCCAAGGUUGAAGCUAUCUCCAAACUUAAUGAAAAUACUGAAAAGCGUUUAAAAGAAAUCAACAUAGCCAUGGAAGCUUUGCCAAUCGACUCUCAGCGUGACAUGUGGAAGAACUCCAAUGAAAAUGCCACUGAUGCUUUAGAUAUUAUGCAAGAUGUUUUGGCUAUUUUGGACCCGGUAUCCAAACAAACUCCCAAGGAUUUAGAAAAGGCCCGCAACAUUUCUAAGGAUAUUGAUAGUACAUCUAAGGAUAUAGGACAUGUUCAAAACCAUUUGGAUAGUGUGGAGGACUCUUUACCCGCUUUGCUAGAUGCUGCUGAUGACAUAGAACAACAACAGAUUAAAGUGGAUGAAAUGGCUCAGAAUUUGGGUGAUGAAAUCGAAAACCUUAAGAGACAAAUUGAGACAGCUCGUCAAAUAGCCAACGAUAUCAAGGUAGGCGUUAAGUUUACGCCCAGCACUAUAUUGGAAUUGAAAACUCCCGAAACUUUGCCUUUGUUGGCCACCAAAACCAAGGUAUCAACAUAUUUCAAAACCGAAAAUCCCAAUGGCUUUCUGUUGUUCUUGGGCAAUGAUAAUAAAACUGCCUCCUCAGCUCCAUCAAGUAAUAAGAAUAACGAUUUCAUGGCUUUGGAAAUUGUCAAUGGUUAUCCCAUACUUACUUUGGAUUUGGGCAAUGGACCUGAACGUAUUACCAGUGAAAAAUAUGUAGCCGAUAAUGAAUGGUAUCAGGCUGUGGUAGAUCGUACAGGCUCUAAUGUUAAAUUGAUUAUUAAGGAAGAGUUGGAAAACAAGACCGUGGUAGAUCAUGUUAAGGAAGAAGCUUUAGUGGGAGCCAACAAUGUAUUCAAUGUGGAUCGCAAUAGUCGCUUGUUUGUGGGUGGUUAUCCACCACCAUCUGAUUUCACACCACCCGAAGACAUACACUCUAGUUCGUUUGAGGGUGACAUAGAGGAUUUGAAGAUAGGUGAUGAACCGGUUGGUUUAUGGAAUUUCGUUUAUGGUGAAGAGAAUGAUCAGGCGGCAUAUCCUCGUACUAAAUUGGUUACCGAAGAUAUACCACCUACCGGUUAUCGUUUCAAUGGCAAUGGUUUUGUGGCCCUUAAGGCUUCACCCUACAACUUUAAACAGAGAUCAAGCAUACAGUUUAGCUUUAAGGCGGCCAAGGACUCCAAGGAUGGUUUAAUGUUCUUCUAUGGACGAAAUAAUCAAUUCAUGUCUGUGGAAAUGGUGGAUGGUGCUAUAUUCUUCCGAUACAAAUUGGGAGAUCAUAUUGCUUCUUCUGGCAGUCAAGAUCAAUACAAUGACAAUAAAUGGCAUCGUGUUUUGGCCGAGAGAGAUGGUCGUCGUGGCUUGCUUAAGGUCGAUGAUGUUAUUAUUUCCCAGGAAGUGGCUCCACCACAUGUUGAGGACACUAUGCCUGCUCUCAAACGUAUGUUCUUUGGUGGCUAUCCCAAUAAACGUAAUCAUUCGGUUAUUGUGGAACAGAACUUUGAUGGUUGCAUUGAUGAGGUAUCGAUAUCAGGCAACAAUGUGGAUUUGGGUCAACAUGUCAAUGCCGUGGGUGUUAAGCCGGGCUGUCCCAAGAAAUUCUCUACAGUCUUAGCUUAUCCUCAUAGUGAACAUGGCUAUUUAAGAACGGCCAACAUCAGUUCGGACAAUAAUUUGAAUGUUAAUUUGAAAUUCAAGACUAGACAAAAGGAUGGUGUUUUGUUCUAUGGAGCCAAUUACGAUCAGAGCUCUAAUAUUGGUCUUACCUUAGAAGAUGGUUAUUUGGUAUUGAAUAGCAUGAACAGCAGAUUAGUUUCCGAUAUGCGUAAAUUAAAUGAUGGCGAGGAGCAUGUAGUCACCGUAUUACAUGAUGGCAAUCAAUUGAGAUUAUCUAUCGAUGAUAUAGAAGAUCAAAGAUCUGCUACACCUCCAGCUCCAUUAAUUAUAACUGCAGGUGAUAUGUUCUUUGGUGGCUUACCAGAAAGUUAUACCACUCCUCGUAAUGCUCUAUCGAAUUCAGCCUACUUCAUUGGCUGCAUUAGUGAUGUGACAGUUAAUGGUGAGAUCAUUAACUUUGCCGAUAGCAUUGAAAAGAAGAAUGGCAAUAUCAACAGCUGUCCUAGUGAUAUCUUGGCUUACGAUACUACUGCAGUGCCUAUACAUUAUGCCGGCGGAGAAAUUGAAUAUGUGCCCCCAGCACCGACGCCAAAACCAACCACUACCACAUCCACCUCAACUACCACCACUACAACCACAACAACAACUACCACUACUACGACCACUACAACAACACCCAAACCUUACGUACCCAUACCAGAACCCGAACCAGAACGUAAAUGGGAGGUCGAUGAAUCCGAAAAUGCCAUCGAAGACGAUCACAAAGAGAUUAUAACCUCUAAACCAGAAGUGUUUAAUAUUAAACCCGAAGUAGUGGUACGCAAACCAGUGAUCAUUCAUGAACUGCACAAACCUGAAGAUCCUCGUUGUAAACUGCCAACCAAUCCCAACUAUGAUGUUGAUGCUAGCGAAGCCGGAUAUCGUUUCUUCUCUAUGCGUGAACAGCGUUUAGAAAUUCCCUCAUUACCGCAUACAAAAAUACGCAAACAUUACGAUCUAAGCCUUAGUUUCCGUACAGAGUAUCCUGCAGGUCUUCUGUUCUAUGGUUCGGACAAACAUCAUACCGAUUAUGUAGCUGUAUACCUGAGUGACGGUAUCCUUUAUCAUAAGGUACGUUUGGGUGGUCAAGUUACCUCGGUAAAUAGCUCUAGCGAAAUGAACGAUGGCGAGUGGCAUACCAUACAAUUUAUAAGGACUCAACGUAAGGUCAGCUUGAUUAUCAAUGAGCAGGAAACUUUCCAUGAUUUUGAAGAACGUAAUAUCCAUUUGAUUAACAUGGACUUCCCGCUGUUUGUGGGUGGUAUACCUAAACAUAUCGAAGAGAUGGUACGUUCCAAUGUCGAUCUAGGAGAAGAUGCUCCCUAUUAUAAUGGUUGUUUGAGAGACUUUAAGGUUAAUGGUCAGACACAAGAACCCGAGAUACAACCUUUCCUAACUGUACCCUGUUCCGAACAAAUUGAACCUGGUCUCUUCUUCAAUAAACCCACUGGUUUUGUCAAACUUUUCGAACGUUUCAGUGUGGGUACCGAUUUCAGUUUGAAAUUUGACUUUAGACCCCGUGAACCAGAUGGUCUUUUGUUCUCGGUACAUGGAAAGAGUUCGUAUUUGAUUUUGGAAUUGGUAGACAAUCAAUUGUGGUUUACCGUUAAGUCAGAUGCCAAAAACAUUGUCACCACCACCUACAGUCUGCCCGAUAAUGGCAGUUUCUGUGAUGGCAAGUGGCGUAAUGUACAAGCAGUAAAAUCUAAGUUUGUCAUCACCAUCUCUGUGGACUGGAUUUCGGCUAAGCCUGGUGUAGGCCAAGAAGGUUCCACCGUCACCAAAACCAAUCGUCCUCUCUUCAUGGGUGGCCAUCAAGCCUUUAAUAAGGCUCCUGGCUUGAAGACACGCAAAACAUUUAAGGGUUGUAUACGCAAUGUCGAGGUCAACAAGAAGACUGUACGUGUUACACCAAAUCUCAUUAAUGGUGAGAUCUGGCAGGGAGUCUGUCCUUUGAAUUAAUUUAAAGGUGAUGAAAACAAAAGAAAAAAAAAACGAAUAAAAACGAACAAAUUUGUGUUAACGAUUAAAUGAUGACGAUAUUGGCUUUAUGUAGGAGGUUUAACGAACUUAAUUAAAUGGAAAUUUUUGACGAGAUUAGAAUUUUUAAUUAAGGAAAUUCUAUCACUAUAGAAGACAGUAAUAUGUGUGCGAAUUGUUGGUCGUCUUAGAGAUUUUACAAUUUUUUACUGUCAUUCUUAGAUUUUUCUUUUAAUACUUAUAAUUUUAUUUUAUGUUCUUUUUUAUAAAAAUGGAAGUUCAGAGCCUGAAAUACCAGAUUCUAUAGAAUUCAUUUUUCAAAGUAUCCAAUAAUGUGAAAAUAUUGUAUUCAAUCUUUGGUUUUGGUAAUUUGUAUCUCUUAGAGUUUGGUAUAGAAACUUUAAACUUGGUAGGACUUUCAUUUAUAUAUUACUUUUAUAAUCUAUAUUGUAUUUCCUGUUUAAAUAUUCUUCAAAUAUGUGCCAAAAUAAAUAAUUAUUUUAAUUUCUUUAAUUUUCUUAUUUGCAAUAAAUAUAUAAAAUAAAUAAAAAAA